AUGCCAUGUCAGCGUGUGAAUGAAGAUCUUAAAAAGAAGGGCAGCUGGGAAAGGUUUUAUGAAGGAGGUGCCACUAAAGCAGGAUGUCAACAAGAAAUGGGACAAGGUGGACGUUUUUUGGAUGGAGAAGGUAGCACAGAAGCACAAGGGCUGUUUGCAUUAAAUACAGAACGGAGACUCUCCAAGAGCAUCAGCCUCCAUUCCAUGCGGCUACAGUCGGUUGUAGGUAAUCAGAUUACUCAUGGGUUACUGCCUGCAGCCUGCAGGAGAAUGCCAAGAGGUUCCUCAAACAAGACUCCUAGUACAUUCAGUCAUUAUUCUCCAAAGAGUGGCAGGACUUACGGGUACAUUCUAGCUCAGAUACAUGCUGCUCUAGCUCUAAUCUCCUAUAAAAACACCUGGAUCCAUAGUGACAACUGGUUGCCAGCAAUUUCUCUUAUAGUGACAUCCUCUCUAGGACUUUCAGCAUCCUUUAGUAUCAACGAGCGUUGGACUGAGUCACCUUUGUCCACCCAACUGCUGGGGUCCUCGCCCUCCUGCGAGGAGGGUGAAGCGCCCCCACCUGCUCCCGCUUCUGAGGGUACGUGGAGAAGUCCCCGGGUACACGGAGAAGUCCCCGGGUUCGCGGAGAAGUCCCCAGGUGCCAAGAAGUCCCCGGGUUCGCGGAGAAGUCCCCAGGUACAGCGGAGAAGACCCCAGGUACGCGAAGUCCCCGGGUUCGCGGAGAAGUCCCCAGGUGCCAAGAAGUCCCCGGGUUCGCGGAGAAGUGACCGGCUACACCUUCGCAGAUCCUGGACCCACCGACUUAGCUUCUUGGACUGUCCGGAGCUUGCCAGGAGCGCCCCAGCGCAGGCAGCAGCUUCCGAGAUACGCGCUAAGGCAUUUCAGAUGGACCACUCCUCACCUAGGGCUGGCGCUAGCACAGCCCCACGGAUGGGAGCAGCUGCUGCAUCUCCCGAGCCCAGGUGUCCUAUAUGCUUGGAUCGACUUCAUAACGUAUCGUACCCAAAUAACUGCUUGCAUAAGUACUGCUUUCGCUGUAUUCGGGAGUGGGCAAACACCAAAGCUGAGUGUCCAGUCUGUAAGCAGCCCUUUGAUUCUAUUUUCCAUUCUGUGAGGGCAGAUGAUGACUUCAAGGAGUACGUCCUAAGGGCUUCCUAUGAUGGUUCUGCUGUUCGGGGACGUCGCUCCCCUACAGCUGGGGCAAGGCCAGGAGACGCUUCUGUACCUAGUGGUACCGCCAACAGAGGAACAACUUCGCCAGACCCUGGCGUCCUAUUUGAAAUGUUGGGCACUUCCACAAGAGGUAGGGAUGUCGCAAUUCCUGAGUUGCUGAGUCUGUUUGUAGUAGCGAGGCCAAGUACUGUCCGUGAAAUAUCUUUGCUGACAGCUCAGGAACAAGAGACUAUUAAUUUUAGACGAGCUCUCUAUCGUGCUGGUGCUCGAGUUACAAGUGUUGAAGAUGGUGGCAGCUCUACGGAAAUGUCAGCUGAAUUUUCCCGUACAAAUCCAGCUUCCCUGCGCAGAUUAGAGCCCUGGGUAAGACGGGAACUUAUAGUUCUUUUAGGAGCUCGGGAACCCUCAGUGGAUAUCAUCCAGCUCAUCAUCAUGACUAAUGUUACUCGCUAUGCUUUGGAGAGCCAGGCAUUUGUGUCUGAUUUAAGGCCAUUUUUUCUUCAUCUAACCGAGCAUUUUGUACAUGAACUUAUCAGUUUUGCUCGAUCUCCUUUUUACAUGGCGGCAUACGACCAACACGCUCAUUAUGAUUACCCUGCGCCUUCACGGGAAGAAGGCAGCCCUUCUGAUUCUUCGGUCAUUAUCGUAUCUCCAGAUGAGUCUGAGACCCAAGAGCUAGACAUUGAUGUAACCACUGUUAGUCAGGCACCAUGGGAUGAUGAAACACCGGGACCAUCUUACACAAGUUCAGAGCAGGCACAUGUUGCUAUGUCUUCUCUUUUAAAUAAUUCCAGCAGUUCAUAUGAAGAACUGGUCACAGGGGGAGCCGUGUCUCAGAUACAAGGAGUACAAACCGAAGAGAGCUUAAAUAAUGACAGUGAUUCUUCAGAUGAUUGUGUCAUUGUUGGGUUUGUUAAACCACUAGCCGAGAGGACCCCAGAACUUGUUGAACUGUCUUCCGAUUCUGAGGAGUUAAGUACUCAGGAGGAAGGGGAGAUAGUGGCGACACAAGAACAAGACCAGCCUUGCAGUUCUGGUGCUAGCGAUCUUAUUAUAUGCUCAUCUCAGCUCCUUCUCCUUGGAAACAAUGAGCAAAUGAAUGAAGGUCAUCCUGAUUCAUCAAAGGAGGAAGAGGAACAACAUACGUCAUCAUCACCUGGAGACUUGAGCUCAUCUUUGAGCAGAGACAGAGUACAUUCUCCAUGUACCCCUAGACACCAGAAAAGGGGAAGAUCAAGAAGUGCAGGUUCAAGUUCCCAGAGUAGAAGUGAGUGUGAUGACCAUCCUAGAAAGCAUCCUGGGAAGAAAAGAAUGAAAAGGAAAACAUCCAGAAGCAGGAAAAGGAGCCCUAGAGGGAGAAGAGACAAAAAGAGAUCCAGAACUAGAGACAGCAGGUCGUCUAACAGCACCCAAACUUCAUCUCUAAGUAGUGAAAGCACAAGCGGAUCACCAUCUCAUAGUAGUGAUCACAGUAAGGGAAGGAGCAGAAGUGGAGAUCAUUACCAUUUAAGAAGUGAUUAUGAAAGCGGAGAUACCUGGGACAGGGCUGACUAUGGAUCAUAUCACAAGAGGAGGGCUCUGUGUAGAGCCCAUGGUUCCAGCCAAUCUUCAAGUCCAGAAUCUGGAAUUCAGUCCUUUUCUUUAAGAAAAAAUACCAGGGAGAAAACUAGUCCCAGCAAAAGAAAAUAUUACAACAGUGAAAGGUACAGAUCAGGGAGCCUGUCUCGUAACACGUCAAAGACUUCACGUACAGGGCCUGAGCAGGGGAAAACUGAAAAAGCUGGAGGGAAACGAAAAUACAAGGCACUGCAUUUGGAGAGAACUGAUGAAGAGGCUCAAGCAUCUAAUAAAUCUGCUUCUAUGGUAAAGCACACUGAUUACCAAACAUCUUCCCCAGAAUUGGAUGAAAACAACAAAAGUGAGAGUGACAGCUUUUCAGACAGCCUAUCAUCAGAGGCAGAGACAAAACGCAAGAGGAGGAAAAGGGCCUGGAGUCCGAGUGUAGAGAUAGUUUAUGAAGGAGAAGCUACUGACACAACCAUACAUCAGGAAAAGAAUAAGAAGAAACACCAGGGAGACAGUACUUCGCAGUCCCCAGUCGUAAUUACCAUCCACGACAGUGAUAGUGAUGAGGAUUCUGAAGUAAAACGUGAUGCAGAAUGGGACAAUAAUGGACCUGAAGACCCUCUAGAAGUUGAGUUUUAGGCUCCUUCCUCAGAACCAUUUGAAACUAAAGAUGGAGUUGCAAGAGAAGAUGAAUUUGGUGUCCUGGACAAGGAGUGUGAUAUUACCACACUUACUAACAACUUGAGUAAUGCCAGCAAAACUGUACAUAAUAUUCCACCCCCAGCAAGUUCAGUUGAACCAACUCUUGAUAUAAGAAAAGAGAGCACACCUGCCUCUGAUUUGGAGACCAGCCCAUCUAUCUGAACUCAGUCAUCAAGGCAAUUGCCAUCUCCAUGGACUUGAUUAAUGUCAGUGUCUCUUAGCAGACACUGA